UGCUCUAGCUCCCACCUCCUCUACCUCCCUCCACUGGACUCAAAUCCUAGUAACACCGGUAGGUUAGCUAUUGUCGGUCUGUCAGCCAAAGAUACACACUAAAGGCUCUGAUUUCACACUUCAACCACACCGGGGGAAAUAACGGAAACGGCUCUAUGUGAUAUCUGCUUACUUGAACUAACACAAGUGGACAAAGCACAAUCUCACUACAUAAUCCCACUUGAACUGCAACACACUACUGUAACAAACAGACAAGGACGACCACCGAGUGACAAGCUAACAGACAGAUUGACACUUUGACCAGCCAGGGCUUCAGAUAAAUGGCUGACAAGCAAAUCAGUUUGCCUGCCAAAUUGAUCAAUGGGGGGAUCGCUGGCCUAAUUGGAGUGACCUGUGUGUUUCCCAUUGACUUGGCCAAGACUCGCUUGCAAAACCAGCAAAAUGGAUCUCGCCUUUACACCAGCAUGUCAGACUGCCUUAUUAAGACCAUCCGGUCAGAGGGGUAUUUUGGGAUGUACCGAGGAGCUGCGGUGAACUUAACACUAGUUACGCCAGAGAAAGCCAUCAAAUUGGCUGCCAACGACUUCUUCAGGCAUCACCUCUCCAAGGAUGGAAAACUUACUCUGGUUAAAGAGAUGCUGGCUGGGUGCGGGGCAGGUACAUGCCAGGUUAUUGUCACAACUCCUAUGGAGAUGCUGAAAAUCCAGCUCCAAGAUGCUGGAAGAAUUGCUGCUCAGAGGAAGCUGAUGCCAGAGACGGUGCCAGCAGGUACUGUGGAGACAAAGUCCCCAACAGCCAUGCAGCUCACCAGAGAGUUAUUUAGGGAAAAGGGCAUUGCUGGGCUGUAUAAGGGGCUUGGUGCCACAUUGCUCAGGGAUGUUCCUUUCUCCAUCAUCUAUUUCCCUCUUUUUGCCAACCUGAACAACCUGGGCAAAAGAGGCGUAGACGGGCCUGCUCCUUUCUACGUGUCAUUUAUAUCAGGCUGUCUUGCAGGGAGCACGGCGGCUGUUGCUGUCAACCCUGUCGAUGUGAUAAAGACUAGACUUCAGUCGCUGAACAGAGGGAGCACAGAAGACACGUACAGCGGAGUGACUGACUGUAUCAGGAAAAUCCUGCGUAAUGAGGGUCCGUCAGCUUUUCUGAAGGGAGCCUACUGUCGAGCCUUGGUCAUUGCACCUCUGUUUGGCAUUGCCCAGGUGAUCUACUUCCUGGGUGUGGGUGAAUUUCUCCUCAGCUUGUUGCCUAAAAAAGACAACUAAGAAGCGCCUCCUUUCUGCCUUUCCCUCCCACAAUGCUUCACCAACUGCGUGAGGACUCAUCUCAUUCUGAAAAUGUUUUUUUGACGGGUCAGAGCACGGCCUGAUCAGUACAUUUUGUUUUAAAUUUGUUGUGUUGAAUGUUGAAAUAGUUUAGGAGGGAGCCUUUGUUUGCCAAGCUGCCUGUGGUGGCACACAACAAUCCAGUAGGCACGCUGAGCUAGCUCUCUGGAAAUGAAGCCACAAAUAUCAGUUUUAAAGGAAUAUUGCUUUAUAAAUGCAGCAUUUUUUAAUAUGAUUGUCGAAUAUUUCAAAGUACAUGUACUGCCCUUGGUUGCUGCACUUCUGCAAGCACUACACUAGUUUUAAACAGCAUUACUCUCUGAAAGACAGAGAUAAUGAUCUAUUGGAAAUUAUACACCAUAUCUAGCUAAAUUAAAUGCACAUAUUUUAGAUCUAAGAUAUUUGACGAUUGAGAAAAAUCUGAUAUUUACGGAAAAAAAAAUGUAUUCAAAGAAUUCCCCCAGACCUUAUGUCUUAAAAGAUAGUCUAUUUAGAAAUAGAGCAAAAUCUACAGUAGGCCUCAUUUUCAGACAAAGAACACAGGGAAUGUGUUGAUGUGACAGCACGCCCCCUAUAAUCUUUCUUGAGAAGCCACUUCCCUUCCUGUAAGUGGUUGUAAUGAACUCAACCAUUCAGCUCCGAGCAGAUUGCCUUGGCUUUUUAAGUAGAUCAGGUUCCAUUUGAUAUUUAGUGCUACCACAAUGGUUGGACUGUUUUGCCUCUGUGAAAAGGAUAUCUCCUGUUGUAGUCACACCCUAGACUGAAGAAAUGCUGUACAACAUUUGGGCAUUAUUCACUGCAGAACUGCAUGUGCACAUUGUUUAAAAUGGCCCCAAUGCUUCUUUCUUUGGGUCAAAACUGUACUUGUGGUCACAGCUCAAUCAGUGAUGUCACAGCAGGGGUUUUCCCUUGAGGGUUGAAGAAAAACACCUGCUGUCACAUCACUGAUUGGAUUGUGGCCAGAAGUGCUGCAUGCUUUCAAAAUGUUCAGUCCUUAGAGAGAGCGGAGCGGCAGCAGUUUUCUGCCCUGUGUGAUUCAUUGUGUAUUCAGAUGAAAGCUGUGAACACCAAAAGGCUGAAAAGUCAUUUUAAUAGAAUGCCAGAUUAUUAGUAGAUAUUUAGUAAUUAAGCUGACAAAUGGCCAGACAUCACAUGCUGAGGCCUCAUGAGUACAGUCAUCCAUUGUGGAGCCAGUAAAACCUUCACUGGAGCAGUUCAAAUCCCUUAGAUCCAGACAUAAUUAUUAUUGUUUACAGAUGAGUUCACACUCAAUUUAAAUUCUUUGUCCGAACUUGAAUCCAGUGGCAGGACCCAAAGAGCUAAUGAUAGACCUUUCUUUAUCAGAAAAUUAAACCAAUGUGUUUUUAAUGUUCUAUGAUUUUUACCAAACAUCUCAGCUUGUUUGCUUUAGAGGUUUUGUUUGCUUUAAAGCUGCUAGGGAAAGCAGCCCUGUCGUAUCUUGUUUAUGCAUCACAACACUGAAGCCCUGCUAUUGGUUUAUCUCACCGGAGAUCAAGGUGACUUUGAUGUGUACUAUCCAAUCACAUUCCUUCCUCGCUCCCACUGUUCAAGCAGCUCGUCAAUUGUACUGUUGCACUGUAGAAACGCGAUGCAACAUUUCAAUGUAUUAUCAUUUGUGGGAGUGAGAUCUAUUUAUCUAUAUUCCUUUCUAAUAGGCGGUAUAGCACUAUAUAUUUGUAUGUGUUGUUUUUUCUGUGUCAAAGUGUCCACCUUAACUAUAUUGUACAUAUGCAGAAGAUAUGAACUUUAUGUUUUAGGAUUUAUUGUUUGUUUUGUACAUGAUGGCUUAUUUGCACACCUACCUCUCCAAUCCCCCCCUUAAAUCCAUAUUGUGGUGAUUUUACUUUAUGAAGGUGUGGACAUAUCAAAUGAAGGAACGUGUUUUAAUGCAACAAGCAUCAUUUGAACCUUAACGCAGCAUAUUGAUGAGGGUUUUUUUACUGUAUGCAAAGGGGAACACUAGUGUAGAUCUAGAAUGGUUCUGUGGAGGUGCCAUUUCUCCUGAGCUAUUGGUUAAGUUGGAUCAACCUAUUGUCCUGUUUCCUACAGUUUUAACAACUAGGACCAAAUUGAGCAUCAUAUAAUGAUGAUAGAAACAUAGUUAGUAUUAAGUGAAUGACCUUUGGCGCUGCUUAAACAGUUCUGGAAGUGAAAUGAAAUGUAAUACAGCCUGGGAAAGGCCAGUAGGGACCUGCUGACAUCUGACUGUAAAUCUAACAUGUCUUCUCGAAUGGUGCUUCAUUCAUGAGGUGCAAUCUGACAUUGACGGCACUAACGACCAAGGCUGCGCCAACUGAAACACAUGCUAGCUAGGGAAUCUCAGAGUUAUCAAUGUCUUAACUGAAAGCCAUAGGUCAAGGAGGGACAACAGAACUGCUAGACAUCGACUGGCACCUCCAGCCGUGUUGACAGAUGACACCUGAGCCACGGGAAAACGGCAAAAAACCACCUGUCGACUCGUGUGUGUGUGCUUGUCUUUUAUUAUAAAUUACUGUUGUAGCUUUUCAACAUUCCGAUUGCCAGUUCAUCUCAUAUAUGCUGUAAUUGUGAUCAAAAUGCCUAUUUUUGUGUUGUUGAGAUUAUUGUUAUGAUUUUUGAGCCUUCCCGCCCCCCUUGUUGUUUUCAGAUUUAAAAAAAAAAAUCUGUUUCUUCGGUUGAAUCUUGAAAAUGUUGUGCAAAUCAUUUUGUUUAACUCAGCUGUGAAUUUUCACUGACCUUGUGCAUUUGGUUAUGUAUGUAUGUGUGUGUCUGACUGUGUAGUGCUGUAGUUGAUGUGUAGUUGUUAGUGUGACACUGCGGUAUUUUUCUCUUUUAUUGUCGGACCCACGUUCUCUCCCCUCUUUCCUUCUAUCUGUCUCACUCCUCUGCCAUUUUCUGUCCCUGGCAUCCACAGCUGGGGCUGCAGGUGAAUGCAGAGGAGCUCUAAAACACCAAAUGUAUGACUUAGAGUGUAAACAGUACAAUCAAAGAAAGCACAAAGGAUUAUUAGGCACAAGAGAACACAUGCCCCACUUUAAAUAUACUCAGACAGAGUCCUCAGAAUACAAUGUGCUGCUUUUGCAGACACGGAUUACAGUCUGAUUUAUUUCAGUGGAGAUGUCGAUUGAGAUUAUUAUAAGAAAGUUUAUCUAUGUCUGUAAAACUUGAUCCAUAGGGCUGAGACGAGAGGUAACAAUAAGAGACCCACGCGAUGGUGUCCACUAUGUCACCCAUCAGCAGUUAACCACAAAAUGUAUAUCGCCUACAUAUUCUAAAUCAGAUAUAAGAAUGUAUCUUAGAUAUUAUAAGAUGUAUUAUAAUUAUAGUGAAGAGUUUAUUACAUUUUAAUCUAAAGAUUUGUGCUUUACACAUUCACUGAAACAAUUCAUGAACCAGCUCACUGAUAUGCAAUAAGUAGAAGCCACACACACUAGAAAAUAUAAACACAAGAGACAAAAAAACACAAUGUAUGAUGCAAGCAAGGACCUUGGAGGCCUUCUGGGGUGUCUUCACAGCCUCUGUUGUCUUCCUCCAAGAGGAAUUGUGCAUUAUAGCACUUUAAAACUAAUGAAGGACCCUCACCCCACUGUCCAUCUACAAAAUCUCUCUGUGGCCAAGAGGGAGUUAAUGAAUAUGUGUGGUGAAUGACACAUUUGUCUGAGACAUUGUUGACAAUGUGACUGAAAAAAAACAAACAAAAUAUUGUGUUCCCUGUCACAAUUUGCUGUUCAAUAAACUGACUGUCCUGAAAUUGGGUUACACCUUUUCCUUUUUUCCUUGCCAUCACUGUAUCUGCUUUCAAGGUCUAGCAGUCGUGUGACAGAAUUCAAAGGAAGACACACAACCGUUUUUUUGUCUUAAAUAGUGCUGUGAAA